AUGCAAGAGCAAAUUGCUCAAAUCACACAAGCUUUGGCAAGACUAGUUGCACUCCAGUCACAAAGAGAGUGCAAUGGUCCUAGGCAACAAGGCAUGGUGAUGAUGAUGAUGAUGAACCUGGAGUUGAAGAAGGAGUACAGUGAAGCAAAUAAGUGCAAAAUUGCUGCCAUUGAGUUUGUUGAUUAUGCAAACUUAUGGUGGGAGAACGUAAAGGCUCAAAGACGUAGGGAUGGGCUUGAUGAUGAUGUGAUCAAACUUGCCAUUAAGGUUGAAAGGCAAAGAAUGAAAGGUGGAUACAAGGGCACUACUACCAAAACAUUCACAAAACCUUCUAACACUAGCACCCCACUUACUAGUGAUAAAGGUGGCAUAAAGAAGCAUGACAAAGAGGAAAGCUCUACUAAAGCACCAGUUAGCGUGAGCAAGGGCAAGGAGAAGGAAGUAGAUCCAGCCCCUCUUAAAAGAAGUAGAGACAUAAAAUGCUUCAAGUGCCUUGGCCAUGGACACAUUGCUUUAGAAUGUCCCAACAAGAGAGUAAUGGUGUUGAGGGAAGCCCAAUGGGAGCUAGAAAGUGAAGAUGAGGCUUGUGAAGAGGAAGAAGAUCAUGAAGCAUAUGGUGAUGAAGAAGUAGAGUAUGCUGAUGUUGGGGAGAUGUUAGUGGUCAGAAGAACCUUAAGUGCACAUGCAACAAAAGAGGAAGAGCAAAGAGAGAACAUCUUCCAUACUAGAUGCACUAUUCUCAACAAGGUAUGUAAUGUCAUUAUUGAUGGUGGUAGUUGUACUAAUGUUACUUCUACUACUUUAGUUGAGAAACUUAAUCUCCCCACCUUAGUGCAUCCUCAUACUUAUAAAUUGCAAUGGCUGAAUGAUGAUUGUGAUGUUAAGGUGACUAAGCAAGUAGUUGUUCCUUUCUCUAUAGGCAACUAUAAAGAUGAAGUUGUGUGUGACAUUGUGCCUAUGAAUGCUAGUCAUUUGUUGUUAGGAAGGCCAUGGCAAUUUGAUAGAAGGGAUGUGCAUGACAAUUUUAAAAAUACUUAUUCUUUUAUGAAGGAUGGGAAAAGAAUUGUAUUAGCCCCUUUUAGUCCCCAACAAAUACAUCAAGAGCAGCUAAUUAGUAAUAAAGAAAAGAAUAAGAAUCUAUUCCUCAACAAGGGGGAUCUUUGUUGGUUCCCAAAAAAGGAUGGUUCCAUGCGCAUGUGUGUUGAUAGUAGGGCCAUCAACAAAAUCACUGUAAAGUAUCGCUAUCCCAUUCGUAGACUUAAUGAUAUGCUUAAUGAAUUACAUGGUGCUGUUGCUUUUCAAAAGAGUUUUGAAUAUCAUCUCAAGCAUCCAUUUGAAAUUCUAUGCCAAGAAAAGUUGUAUGCGAACAUCAAGAAGUGCACUUUCUGGUACGAUCAAGUCACAUUCCUUGGCUUUGUGGUAUCCAAACAUGGCGUGGAGGUGAAUAAAGAGAAGGUGCAAGCAAUACAAGAAUGGCCAAUACCAACUACAAUCUCGGAGGUGAGAAGCUUUCAUAGCCUAGCCUCUUUCUACGGGAGGUUUGUAAAGAAUUUCAGCACCAUCAUAGCUCCCUUAACAGAAUGCUUAAAGAAGGAAGAGAAAUUUAAUUGGAGUGAAGCUGACCAAAACAACUUUAAACUCAUCAAAGCAAAAUUGACCUCUACUCCAAUACUUGCAUUAUCAGAUUUUUUGAAGAUUUUUGAGGUAGAAUGCGAUGCUUCUGGAGUGGGAAUCGGGGCUGUUCUAAUGCAAGAACGACGUCCCAUUGCUUAUUUCAGUGAAAAGUUAAAUGGAGCUAGUUUGAACUACUCAACCUAUGAUAAAGAGUUUUAUGCUCUUGUUCAUGCCUUAGAGACUUGA